AUGAACGCUGUGAGGCACGAACUGAAUGCCGAAGUAUUUCGAGAAGAUGAAUACAGAAAGCAGAUCAGUGUAGAUAUUCUCAGUGAUGGAUAUACCACCAACACCAUUGAUUUCUUCCUGAUAUUAAAGAAUCCUUCUGGCAAUGCAGGUCUCGGGGAUCCUUCUGUGGCUCAUAUCAUCGUUAUUGGUCGACAUGAGCCAGGAGAAUUCUUGUUUGAAUCAGCGUAUUGCCAUGCAGAUAUGAAAAAGGGGAGUGUUACAGCAAUUGUUCAUCGUGAAGGUGGUUUUGACAGCACUGUCUCAGUGCAGUAUCAAACGAUGGACGGAACAGCAUGUGGAGGCAAUGAGCUGGGUUCAGGUGUUGAUUACAUUGCAACUAGGGACAUUUUGACAUUUUCUGAUGGAGAAAUAACAAAAGCUAUCACUAUUGAUGUCAAUACUGAUGUGAAGAUAUGCAAAAAUUUCAUAAUUGUUCUGAGUAAUCCUGACAAUGGAGCCAGAAUCGGUGAACGCAGUGCUGUUGUAUGCUUCAUGAAUAACGAUGAACUGGCUGUACGUUUAGGAGAAGCAAUAGAAGAAUCUGAAGAAGAAUCAAUGUCCUGGUUUGAACAAAUUACAAGUGCAAUGGAAGUCGGUGGAGAUGUCGAUAUGGCCACAAAGGCAGAAUUAAUGUGGUACGACUACAUUUUACAUUUCUUAACCUUCUUCUGGAAAGUGAUCAUUGCUCUACUACCACCAACGAGUUACUGUAAUGGCUGGGUAACUUUCAUCAGUUCUCUCACAGCAAUUGGUGUUCUUACUGCUUUUGUUGAACAGCUUGGAAAUCUUCUUGGCUGUGUGGUUGGUUUGAAACAAAGUGUGACUGGAAUUACCAUAAUUGCUUUAGGAACCAGCCUUCCUGAUACAUUUGCCAGUCGUACAGCUGCCAGACAUGACAGUAAUGCAGAUGCAGCUAUAGGAAAUAUCACAGGCAGCAACAGCGUGAAUGUCUUCCUAGGACUUGGACUUCCCUGGGUUAUAUGUAGUAUGUACUACACUAUCAAAGGUGAAUCCUUCUUGGUGACCAACAAUAACUUAGCAUCCAGUGUUACACUUUUCACAAUUUGUGGUCUCAUUUGCAUUAUUUUACUAGUGUUUCGUAGACUGGUCGUCGGUGGUGAACUGGGAGGAUCUUGGUGUGUUUCACGGCUGUGCAGCCUAUUCUUAUUUCUCUUAUGGGUAACAUAUAUAUGCAUAAUUGGUGCCAAAGCAUAUGAUGUCAAUAUUCUCCCUUGGCUCAACAUGUUGUAGCAUGUAGAAUGCUUUGUCAUGACAAUAGUGUGGUUGAAUAAAAAGCUUGAUAUACUCCUAUCACAGCUUUGAACACAACACUCACAACCAACACAAGAAUGAAUGAACGAAUAAGUAAAUAAAAAAAAGUAUAUAAGUAUUUUCGUUAAAACAGUGACACAGUUUGGAAAUAAGGAAAGAACAUAUAUAUACAUAUAUAUACACACACACACAUAUAUAUAUAUACAUUAACUAUAUAUAUGUAUGUGUGUAUACAUAUACGUUUUUAUAUAUAAACAGAUAUAUAGAUAUAUAUGUAUAUAUAUAUCUAUAUAUAUACACAUAUAUACACACACACACACACACACAU